AUGUUGCGCACCAUCAUUGCUACCGGUUGCCUUAUAUGGUUCGUGAUAGUGUGGUGUGUGUGUCUCAUCGGCUUUACCCAAUUAUUCCGAUACUACUGGCGAAGGCCACAGCCAGCGAGAUGUGUUACGAAGCUAGAAGAAGACAAAUUGCCCUGCGUUACUGUCAUUCGUCCCGUCAAAGGCCUCGAACCGCGCCUAUACGAAUGCCUCGCCGCCAGUCUCCGCCAGACGUACCCCAAGAACAAGAUCAGCACCGUCUUCUGCGUGUCUGAACGCUCCGACCCCGCAUUCCCCAUCCUUGAGCGCCUUUGUCGGGACUUCAAGCAUGUCGAUGUACAGAUCUUGGUCGAGGAGGAGGACCCAUUGCUGCUGAAAGACAAGGAUGCGCUGGGACCGAAUCCGAAGAUUCGGAACAUGAGUCGCGCAUACAGAGAGGCGAAGGGCGAUAUCGUGUGGAUUCUGGACUGCAAUGUCUGGGUUGGCAAGGGUGUCUGUGGAAGGCUGGUAGAUCUGCUCUGUGGCUUCGGCGAGGUGAAAAGUGGGAAGAGCAGUACCAAGUUCAAGUUCGUGCACCAAACUCCGCUUGUCGUCGAUCUAGACUCUCAGGAUCUCUCUCUUCAAGACAGGAAGGACCUACUCAGAGGACGACCAGAAGAAGAUAGAGAGACAACAAACAUCGCAGCAACGACCUCCUCAGACCCUCGAAAGGACUCCAACGGUGCCUUGCGAAGACUCCUUCAGCGCGGAGGAGGGCGCCUCGACGAAGCAUUUCUCUCUUCCUCACAUGCUAAGUUCUACUUGGCCAUCAAUACUGUUGCCAUAGCGCCCUGCAUCAUUGGCAAAAGCACCAUGUUCCGUCGCUCGCAGCUGAACUACAUCACCUCUUCAAAUCCCAAGCGCGCUGGUGGCAUCGAUUUCUUCUCCGACAAUAUCUGUGAAGAUCAUCUUAUCGGCGAUGCCCUAUGGAAACAGCCUCAAGCAUUCGAGAAACGAGGCUACAAGCCGACCCCAAGCGAGAAGAAAGAGACGUGGGGCAAGCACGCAAUGCUCUUCGGUGACCUCUGCUUCCAGCCCGUCAGUCACACACCCGUAAUAGCUUACCUAGACCGCCGCAUCCGAUGGCUGCGAGUAAGAAAAUUCACGGUGACACUGGCUACUUUCGUUGAGCCCGGAACUGAGAGUAUACUCUGUAGUCUCUACGGGUCAUAUGCUCUCACCACACUGCCCAUCUUCACUCGCUUGGGAAUCAGUCCUACCUGGAGCUCCUUCUUCCUCAUCUGGCUCAUUAACAUGAGCCUAUGGUGUCUGGUAGACUAUAUUCAGUACCUACUCCUCCACUCUGCGAAAACCGUUGAAAUCGACGCCGACACGCCAGACUUCAUAUUACCACAGCGUUCUGCAUCUGCGUACCACCGCACCGAGGCCUUGCAACCCCUGCUUGGUGACAAAAUACCCAGUGAACCGAGUCUGCUUGAUGGGGCAAGGAGAGAUUUCAAAGAGUUCUUCUUUGCAUGGCUGGGUCGUGAGAUAUCCGCGCUACCAGUCUGGGUCAUUGCAUUUUGGGGAGGUGUGACUGUGGAGUGGAGAGGUAGGAAGUUCUGGGUGGGCUUGGAUAUGAAGGUUCACGAAAUUCUUCCUAAAGAAAGAGAAGCAAAAAAGAAGUGA